AUGACUUACGACUUCGAAAACAUGACCAUGUUCGAAAUAAGUGCCCUUUCCUGGACCCACAUCUCCCUCUCCCUCGAGCACCCGGUCGAAGAAAGCAUGGCCACCGCCGAAAUCGACCUAACCGACAUUUCGAACCUCGUCUGCAAGAUCCGCAGUCCGGGAACUCCGCCUCCGGCGAACGCUUCCGACGCCACGUCCGAUCUCAGCACGAAGAUCCUAAACCGGUGCUUCUCCAUCCCGGUGACGAUGCGCGCCGUCAUCAAACUAUGGGAGAAGCAAGCUGCCAAACGCCAUUACAACGGGCACGAAAAUUUUAGUUUACCCCUCGGUUCCGGCGACCCUGGGGGUCACAAGGGGGCCCCAGGUGGAGGAUUGACGGAAUUCGGGGGGUUAGACAAAAUCAAGCAAGAACCCCCUGGUAACGGCGGCCACGGCAUGAUGAUGCAGGGACAUCAAGGGAUGUUCCUCAACGAGUCGAUGAUGGCCAACGCGAAUUUCCAGAAUUUUCAGACGAGCGACGGCAUGCUGAGCAGCAUAGAGUUGACGAACAUUCUGUCGGGGAACGGACAGGAGAAGAUGAAGCGGCCGCAUAAGAGGAAGUCGGACGAUUUGUGGAAGAACAAGAGGAAGCUGGGCGAGGCGACGGACGCGGAGAUGCUGGUGGAGACGUCGAGCAGCGACUCGACGUCGAGGAGCACGCCAAUUUCGCAGGAGAACGAGAUCCCGACGCCGAAUUCGGGGUUGGGGUUUCAAUCGGAUUUGGAACUGAUGAGUGGUUUGGAUCCGGCUGAGUUGCUGGCCGAUUCAGAUAAGGUGAGUGGUGAUUUCGGAAGUCUGGACGAAUUAGAUGACGUAGAGGAAUUGCUGGCUGGCCCUAGACGAAAAUCUCGAGACCAAAAAUCGCCCACUAAUCUCAUGAUGAAUUUAGACUCUUCCAGGGACAAGGAGAAGAAAAUGUCGGGUGUAUUUAACGUGAGUGCGUCAAAAAACAAGUCGUCCGUGAAAGUGAAACCGCUAGAUUUGAACGCGGACAAGUUGAGCGGGGUCCAAGAUGGGCUGCCUUCCCUUAGUUCGACGGAUGUGUCGAAGUCGUCGAAUUCGAACCAAGCCUGCGAACAGGCCAAAGGCCGGCGAACAAGAGAUGGCGCACCAACAUUCGACCCUCAAACGAAAAGCUUGGACACCAAUCACGCGCAUAGGCAACCCAAAUCACAGCAACAAUAUAUUUAA